CAGUUUCCUGCCCGUCCCGGUGUACUUGAAUGCAGCGCCACUUAACUGGCAAACAGAUGUAUGUCGUCAAUUCGCCACAUUCGUUCCUUUCCCCGGGAGGAGUGAAGCUAAAUCUCUACUGUUCGGAUGGAACUCGCGGCGGCGGCAGCUGUCGAAAUGGACAUACGGAACCCAUGACGACCCGGAUACAACUUUGUGACACGUUUCACCGGAUUACGACGUGCUUUUCUGACGAUUUUUGAGGUUUUUUUUGGCGUGUUUUCGCUGCCCGGUUGGAGCGGCGGUAGCUGAAAAAGUCUACCGCCUGUGCGAGGGCGAGCUCAACCGCGGGGGAUGUGACAGCACCCGAAGUUUAAAAGUCGACAAAAGAGGAAGGAAAGUCCCUCCUUGUUGGAAUUCGACGUUAUGAAAAUGACCGGAGUUAUGGAAAGUGCUUUCAAGCUGGCGCUGGGGAAGCCGCCCGCCUUGCGGACGGCAGAGGACCUGCACACCAUCUACUGCCACCUCUACCACAUGGAUGUCCUCUCUCACCUCAGGGAGCAUCAGCUCAGAUCCAUGUGCACCUCAGCUCGGUACGAGAGACACGAGGCCAACCACAUCCUCUUCUAUCCCGACAGCAUCGCCAGCUGCUGGUACGUCCUGCUGUCUGGAUCGGUUUUCGUCAAAGAGCACAUGUUUCUGGCCAGGUGCUGUUUCGGCAAGCAGCUGGGGGGCCGGCGAGGCUGUGAAUGCAUCACGUUGGAGCCGUCAGAAAUGAUUGUGGUGGACAACGGCGGCGAGGGGGACGAGGGGCUACUGCAGCGGGACGGCUCGCAGCGGCGCUCCCGCCGCCGAUUCCGCAGGAUCAACCCCAAGGGCGAGCGGGAGCUGAUCACGGACGGCCAAGAACCCGCCGCCGCGUACAAGGAUUAUGUCAACAACCAGCUUCCAGCCGACCUCAAUAAGAUGCACUUGACGGAGCACGCCCACCAGCAGGUGAUGCACGUGCCCGCCAGCCACUCGGGCUGCAGCAUCGCCAGCGACUCGGGAAGCAGCAGCCUCUCAGACAUCUACCAGGCCACCGAGAGCGAACUGGGCGACGUGGACCUGUCCGGCCUUCCCGAGGCUCCUGUGGACAGCGAGGAAGAGGAAGAGGAGGACGAGGACCUGGACAGAGCCUCGGACGCGCUGCUGGGCCGAGACCUGGUGCGCGAGUGUCUGGAGAAGGACCCGGCCGACCGCAACGACGAUGACAUCGAACAACUGCUCGAGUUUAUGCAUCAGCUGCCAGCCUUCGCCAACAUGACCAUGUCGGUGCGUCGGGAGCUGUGCGGCGUGAUGGUGUUCGAGGUGGUCGAGCAGGCGGGCACCGUCAUUCUACACGACAAGCAGGAGCUGGACCAGUGGUACGUCAUCCUGAACGGGGCGGUGGAGAUCAGUCGUCCCGAGGGCCGGGCCGAGACGCUGUGCAUGGGCAACAGCUUCGGCAUCUCGCCCUCGCUGGAAAAGCAGUACAUGAACGGCGAGGUGCGCACCAAAGGCGACGACUGCCAGUUGGUGUGCAUCGCUCAGGAGGACUACUGGCGCAUCCUCAACCACGUGGAGAAGAACACGCACAAGGUGGAGGAAGAGGGCGAGAUUGUCAUGGUGAAGGAGCACCGCGAGCUGGACCGGAGCGGCACCCGCAAGGGACACAUCGUCAUCAAGGGGACCCCCGAGCGUCUGAUCAUGCACCUGGUGGAGGAGCCUUCAGUGGUGGACCCCACCUACAUUGAGGACUUCCUGCUUACCUACCGCACUUUCGUGUCCAGCCCCAUGGAGGUGGGCAUGAAGCUGCUGGACUGGUUCCGGAUGGACACGCUCCGAGACACGGUGACACGUAUCGUGCUAUUGUGGGUCAACAACCACUUCAACGACUUUGAGGGCAACAUGGCCAUGACGCGCUUCCUGGAGGACUUUGAGAAGCGGCUGGAAGCCGCUAAAAUGAAAGGCCACCUGCGGCUGCUCAACAUUGCGUGCACCGCCAAGGCCAAGUGGCGGCAGAUCACGCUGCAAAAGGCGUCACGCGAGUCGCCGCUCUACUUCAGCGUCCAGGGCGGCAGCGAGCGCGGCUUCGGCAUCUUCGUUGAGGCGGUGGAGGACAGCAGCAAGGCGGCCGAGGCGGGACUUAAACGUGGGGACCAGAUCAUGGAGAUCAACGGUCAGAACUUUGAGAACAUCUCUUUCUCCAAAGCCGUGGAUAUCCUGAGGAACAACACGCACCUGUCCCUCACAGUCAAGACCAACAUAUUUGUCUUCAAAGAGCUCCUGAGCCGGAUCGUGCACGAAAAGAAGAACGGCGGGCCGCACAUUCCCAAGAUCCAAGAGAAGAAGGGCAACCGCUUCUCCAUCCCGGAUCUGCCCGGCGACAUGGAGUUCGCCACCGACCACAAGGCCACGCGCAAGAUGAAGGCCAACACGGUGUCGGGCGGCCGCAACAAGAUCCGCAAGAUGUUGGAGAAGACGCGCUUCAGCAUCCUUCCACCCAAGCCCUUCAGCGAUGGCGGCGUGGGUCAGUCGCAGGACGACAGCAUCGUGGGUACCAAGCAAUGUCGGCACAGCGUGGCCAUCCUGCCCAUUCCUGGCAGCCUCUCGUCCAGCAGCCCGGACCUCCUCCAACCCGCCACCAGCGUCCUGGACUUCUCCAAUCCGGCAGCGCUGGGACUGUACUACAUCCCGGACCAGGUGAUCCGGGUUUUUAAGGCCGACCAGCAGAGCUGUUACAUCAUCAUCAGCAAGGACACCACCGCCAAGGAUGUGGUGGCGCACGCCGUCAACGAGUUUGGACUAACACCGGCCGCCGAGAACUACUCGCUGUGCGAGGUCUCCGUCAGCCCCGAAGGUGUCAUCAAGCAGCGCCGCCUGCCUGACCAGCUCUCCAAGCUGGCCGACCGCAUUCAGCUUAGCGGCAGGUACUACCUGAAGAACAACAUGGAGACGGAGACACUGUGUUCCGACGAGGACGCCCAGGACUUGCUGCGUGAGAGUCACAUUUCGCUGCUGCAGCUCAACACCAUGGAGGUGGCCGCCCAGCUCUCCAUGCGGGACUUUGAGCUCUUCAGGAACAUCGAGUCCACCGAGUACGUGGACGACCUGUUCAAGAUGGACUCGGCGGCGGGCGGCGCCGGCCACCUGAAGUGCUUCGAGGACAUCAUCAACCAGGAGACCUUCUGGGUGGCCACCGAGAUCCUCAAGGAGCCCAACGCGCUCAAGAGGAUGAAAACCGUCAAGCACUUUAUCAAGAUCGCCCUGCACUGCCAAGAGUGCAAGAACUUCAACUCCAUGUUUGCAAUCAUCAGUGGUCUGAACUUGGCCCCGGUGGCCCGCCUGCGCAACUCAUGGGAAAAGCUGCCCAGCAAGUACGACAAACUCUUUGGGGACCUUCAGGACAUCUUUGACCCGUCCCGCAACAUGGCCAAGUACCGCAACAUCCUGAGCAGCCAGAGCAUGCAGCCGCCCGUCAUCCCGCUCUUCCCCGUGGUCAAGAAGGACCUCACGUUCCUGCAUGAAGGCAACGACUCGACGGUGGACGGCCUGGUGAACUUCGAGAAGCUGCGGAUGAUCGCCAAGGAGAUCCGACACGUGGUCCGGAUGACGUCGGCCAACAUGGACCCCGCUCUGAUGUUCAGACAACGGAAGAAGAGGUGGAAGAGUUUAGGGUCCUUGAGUCAGGGCAGCACCAACUCCAACAUGCUGGACGUGCAGGGCGUCGGGCACAAGAAGCGCGUGCGCCGCAGCUCGUUGCUCAACGCCAAGAAGCUGUACGAGGACGCGCAGAUGGCACGCAAGGUCAAGCAGUACCUGUCUAACCUGGCCGUGGAAACGGACGAAGACAAGCAUCAGAUCAUGUCGUUGCAGUGCGAGCCCGCCUACACCACCAUUUCAAAGAACCUGAGUGACCGGCGGUCCACCAAGUCGGACAUGUCGCCCGUGUCGCUGCGGUCGGCGCUGCCUUCGGGCAAAAGCCAGAACCGGGUGUCGCAGGUGCUUCAGGUGCAGGUGCCGCUCAACCCGCUACGCAAGAAGAGCAGUGCCAAAGACGUGGGCCCGCCUAACUUCAGCUCCCCUCAGGUGGUGAAGAAGCCCCCCGCCAGCUCGGCAGACGAGUGGACCUCCAAGAGGACCUCGGACGACACGGUGUCCACCAUCUCGUCCCUGCACUCCAGCCCAACCGUGUCGCCGCAAGGCUCGCCGCGCAAAGGCCUCUCAGCCAAAACCCAGACUUGCUCGGGCCAGAUGAACCUGUCUGGCUCGUCGUCGUCGUUGACCAGCGAGGCCAGCACCAAAGCGAGCACUGUCAGCCUGCGCAGCUACGGCAUAGGAUACGCGCUGCUUCCUCCCGGUAAGACGGACAAUCUGUCCGACUCCAGUCAUAGCGAGAUUUCGUCUCGCUCCAGCAUCUGCUCCGUGGACUCGGUGCCAGCCCCUGGUCUGGAGGAGCGCUGCAACAGCAUCGGCGCCAGGACGUCAGUCGCAUCCGCCGUGCCGGCCGGCGUGCCGACGCCCGAGAGCGCGGCGGCCACGCACUUAAACGUGGACUACAGCCAGCCCAGCGCCAGCUCUCUUUCUGCCACGGCGGCCAUGUCAUCUCGGGCCUAUGCCGCACGAGGCGCUACCUUUACGUCGUCUUUCUCCACGGAAGAGCUGACGCCCGACUUGACCUCCCUGGACUCGGUGGCCGACAGCGGGCGUGGCAGCUGGACGUCAUGCUCGUCCAACUCCCACGACUCCUUCCAGAGCUUGCCCACUUCCUCCUGCCGCCCGUGGGACCACGGCGUCCACGGCCACCCGCUGGCGCUCGCUAACCGCUUGGCCGGCACCGCCGUGGCCGAGGCAGACGCCGCCCGCGACUCUGAGCUGGCCAAGCAGUCGCGGCAGAGUUGGGCGUCGUCCGGCUCUUUGUCGGAUACCUACGAGGGGAAGUACGGCACCGUAAAGCGGAGGAACACCGGCGAGCAGCAGCAGCAGGCGCCGCCUGGCUCCGGCUCGUCGGCCUCGCCGACCGGUGACGGGGCAGUGCAGAGCACAGACCCCGCCUACAAAACGGUGACAUCCAGCACGGACAAAGGUCUCAUAGUAUACUGCAUCACCUCCCCCACCAAGGAUGAGCGUUACCGAGCUCCCCCUCCCACCCCUCCAGGCUACCAGGGUCUGGCUCUGGGUGAGGUCAAAGAUGUAAGCAUCAGCGGCGGCGCCGCGGUGGCAGCGGGGCCGCCGCCCGCGAGGCCUCCCCACCUCAAACCGCCCGACUACAGCGUGGCCAUGCAAAGGAGCAAGCUCCUGCAGAGUCCGGGAGCCGUCGGGAGCCUGGCGGAGGCCCGCAGACUUGCCGGCAGCCGCAUGGGAAUGCGCGACAUGAAUGACAGCGAAGACGAUGAACAAGUUUCCGCCGUGUAGACGUGUGGCUGUCUGGUUUCUUUUUGACCAUCACCUGGAACUCGUGCCUGCUUCACUUGAAAAUAGAUUUUUUUUUAAAAGACUUCUGACUUUAUUUUAAUCAUUUUAAUUUUGCACCUCGGAACUAGCGCCACAUUUUCCUUGGGACAAGAUAGCUGACUGACGGAUGCCAGGAUCAUGUGUGGGACUUCUGCCACCUGUUUGUCUCAGUCCCUGAAACUUGUGCCUGUUUCACUUGAAAACAAGAAGCUGUUUUUCAGACCAAGAAAAAGAAAGAUGCUUUUAACUUUUUUUUUUUGAUCACUUCAAUUUUGCACCACGUUUUCCUCGGGACGAGAUGGCCAACCGAAGGCAUUCAUGUGGAGCACUCAAAAUGGCCGCUUCCUGACGCUAGCUACCCAAAUGAGGCGCUACCUCCCGGACCUUUUAGGUGAAAACAAACAAAAAACCACAAUGAUUUUAUGUUUAUUUUAAAGGCGCAAACAGGGGUAAAGGCGUUUUUUUGUUUGUUUACAGUGUUGAUUGUAUGAAAUUGCUAGCCCCCCCUAAAUGGCAUCCAAACAAGAAGACUCCCUGUAUUCAACGUACAGAAAAGGAUUGGUCUUCCAUUAGCAUCGUUCGGAAGACUUGGAAUGCUAACAUUUGCAUAUGUAUAAAUACAUGAAUGGAAAUGUAUAUUUUUUAUUUGUUUUUUUUUGGUCAUUCAUUUUGCCGUAAAUUAAUGAUGGUGUAUAGAUGACGGAUUGUGGAAUAUUUUUGAAUAUUUUGUUACAAAACCCCCAAAAUUUUAUUUUCUCUGCUGGCUUCUCGUAGAUGUGUGGACACUGCCAUGUGUGUGCUCGAGUUUGUGUGUGUAUGUCAGGGAUUAUUUUUUUAUUGCUUUAUUUAUCUCACAACAUAUAGUGAUAGUCUUUAGCCUUUGCCUGGUUUCCUGGAUCUCAGGCUUCAUUGAGUUUCCUGGGCACCUGUGUGGGUCUACCAGGAUCCUUAUUUUAGCACUCCAGGCCCCUGUGCAUGUUCUUUGACCUCUGUGGGUGUUCCCACAAUCCUGGGCACCUUCUUUCAUCUUUGUUUGCACGGCUCCACUCCUUACGUUCUAAACCAAGUGUCAGUAUUAACCCUCCUCAGGUGUGAAUUUGUUUUGUAUAAAGUCAGUUCUUGAUUUUCAAACCUCCAUUUUAUCCCCCCACUACAAUGCAAUAAGCGAUGUGAAUAAGAAACAAUGACAAGGAUGCACAAUAAGCUGUAAAAAAAAAAAAGAGUGUUGGCUGCACAAAUAACGUCCCGUGUGUGUGUGUGUGCGCGCGUGUGUACAAGUGUCACUCGUCUCGUUGCUGUUUUUUAUGUCUUUUACAAAGACGACUCCAUUUCGGCAUUGUACGCUUUGUAUAUGUAUUGUAUUUUUUACCGGUGGAUUGUACAUAGUUGUUCUAUUUUGUUUAAGAGGAUGUGUACAAAGGAUUUAAAACAAAGAAGUGAGGACAUUUUAUUUCCUUUAAAAUCUACUGAUAAGAAUUUGGACAAUGAAUAAAAUCCUAAAAUGGAAA